AUGGCGGACUGGGCAGGAUUGAACAACGACCUCCUUGUUGAGAUUGCAAAGCGUGUUAAAGUGAUUGAAGAUUUCAUUGUUUUUGGUUGUGUUUGUAAUUCAUGGCGAAAAGCUUCUACUAAGGACAAUUUUGAUGUGCUUUCUCCUCAACUUCCUUUACUAAUGCUCCCUCAGAAAGAUGAUUAUCGAGAAUUUUACUCUAUUUCCAAGGGUAAAAUUUCACGGAGAUUGUACCUCCCUGAGGCUAAAGGGCGAGAAUGUUUCCCAUCUCAUCAAAUGGGAUGGUUUUUCACCCAAUCAUUAGACGUUGGAGAAGAGGUCCGUUUGUUGAAUCCUUUCUCUGCUACCAAAAUUCAACUUCCUACCUUAAUUGAAGAUUUGGAGUAUCCCUACAUCAUAAAUGCUAUUUUAUCUGCCAAUCCUUCUUUUAUCUCAGAUUAUGUACUCGUCAUUUCAUAUCACACAUAUGUUGAACAAUUUGCUUUUUGGCGACCUGGAGAUAUCAAUUGGACUCAAAUUAACCUCACAAGAACAUAUGGUGGAGUGUACAAUAUGAUUUACUACAAGGGCCAAUUUUAUUUUGUUACUUGGACCGCUGAAUUAGGUAUUAUUGAUGUUCAAGGACCUGAGCCACGCGUAGACUCUCUCAAAAUUAACCUUAACGAUGAUAAGAAGUUCUUUUGCCAAAAUUCAACUCACUUUUAUCUCGUUGAGGUAAACGAUGCACUCUUACUUGUUGUCCGAUUUGGUAGAAGUCGUUCAAAUGCUUACGGGGCUCGCCACACUUUUAAAUAUGAAGUAUAUGAAAUAGAUGUAGUGAAAGGUAAUUUGAAAGAGAUUAACAACUUGGGAGAUUCAACAAUUUUCUUGGGCUUUAAUGCAUCAACUUGUAUCAACUCCACUAUAUUUACAGGGGUCAAGCCUAAUCAUAUAUAUUUUACUGAUGACUGUGUUGGUGGCGCUGGUCCACGUUUGAGAGCUGGACUUUUGAGAACCAACAACAGUAAUUAUAGUGGAUUGACGUGGAGCAUUGUGUUUGAGAAAAAACUUGUGAUUGGUAAGCUUUUCAAACAGUUCAGCAUAUGA